AUGACAAAAGUAAAAAUAACAAAUUGCCGAGACGCUGUACAAAAAAAGAAGCAAAGUGAAAAGGAAGUGAUACAAACAUAUAAACUAAGACAAAAAGAAUGUGCAGAAAGAUACAGAGAAAAAAUAGAGAUAGAAAUGGCCAAAAUUAAAGAAAAUAUCAAUAUAAAUACCUUAAAAGAGCAAUGGAAGAUAUUCAAAGAAACAAUAAUCGAGACAGCGAGAAUAGAAUGCGGAUUAACAAAAAUAAAUAAAGAUGUGGAACCAAUACUCGACAGCAUAGAAAAGCAACAACUGAAAUGGUUUGGUCAUAUGGUGAGGAUGGAGGAGGACAGACAUGCAAAAAGGAUAUGGCAAACAAAAACAAUACAGAAAAGACCGAGAGGCAGACCGAACUAA